UUUUGGUGACCGCGCGGAAAAGUUGCGCCAGGGCGCGAUGACGUCAUCGCGCGAUCCCAUUUGGUCUUUCCCGAAAAAUGCAUUCAAUUUUUGUCACGAGGCUGAGGCGACAUCUUCCUCCUUCCUCCUCUUCCUCGGCGCGGCGCGUGCUCGUGCGCGUGCCCGUGCCGAGCCGCGAGGCUGCCGAGGCUGCUGCUGCGACUUUCCUCGGGAGCGCCAAGUCAAAGGGCUUCGAUGAAGGGCGAAGGACUAAUUUGGUAGUUCAUCUCUCCGCGAUGCGGUGAAGGCGAGCCGGCGCGCCGUCGCUUCAGGUGGGGAGGGCCAUGGCUGACCCCGCCCACUCGGACCUGAUCGCCAGGCACUACAACCACACGGGCAAGCUCCGCAAGUGGGACGGGGGGUCCGGCCUGAAGGCCGACUCGGCGGUCUUCCUGGCGGUCUGCUGCCUCAUCGUCCUGGAGAACCUGCUGGUCCUGGCCACCAUCUGGAGGACCAAGAAGUUCCACAAGCCCAUGUUCUACUUCCUGGGCAACCUGGCGCUGUCGGACCUCCUGGCGGGCGUGGUGUACGCCGCCAACAUCCUGCUGUCGGGCGCCAACACGUACAAGCUGACGCCCACCCAGUGGUUCCUGCGCGAGGGCUCCAUGUUCGUGGCCCUGGCGGCGUCCGUCUUCAGCCUGCUGGCCAUCGCCGUGGAGCGCCACCUCACCAUGCUGAAGAUGAAGGUCCACGACGGGGGCCGGGCCAGCCGCGUCUUCCCUCUCAUCAGCGCCGUGUGGAUGGUGGCGGCCCUCCUGGGGGGGCUGCCCCUCAUGGGCUGGAACUGCGUCGGCCGGCUCGACCGCUGCUCCACCGUGCUGCCGCUCUACCACAAGACCUACAUCCUGUUCUGCACCACCGUCUUCAGCGUCAUCCUGAUGGCCAUCGUGGCGCUCUACGCCCGCAUCUACACCCUGGUGCGCGCCCGCAGCCGCCGUCUGGUCUUCCGCAAGGCGCCCAACGGCGGCAAGAGCUGCGAGCGCUCCAUGGCGCUGCUGCGGACCGUGGUGGUGGUCCUGAGCUGCUUCAUCGCCUGCUGGGCGCCGCUCUUCGUGCUGCUGCUGCUGGACGCCGCCUGCCGGGCGCACGGCUGCGCCGUCCUCUACCGGGCCGAGUGGUUCCUGGCGCUGGCCGUCCUCAACUCGGCGACCAACCCGCUCAUCUAUACGCUGACCAGCAACGAGAUGCGCCGCGCCUUCCUGGAGACGCUGCCGUGCGCUCCGGGCCGCCCGCCCGCCACCGCCGAGUUCAGCCGCGGCAGGUCGGAGAACUCGUCGCGCCCCGACGGGGAGGGGGGCCGCGCCGCUCCCUCGUCCUGAAGGGGGUGCCCAGGCGCCCUGGGGCCGGUUCUCGCGUAGGCAACGUGACUCGGACUGACCUUAGCCCCGCCCCCCGCCGCUGUCGGCUACUAACUAAUUACUUGUAAUGAGAUGACGUCACGGAGUUAGAAAAUGUAACCCGUCACAUCACGUGUCAUUAAACGGCUGUUGCUUUUGAAAAACAUCAUAUUUUAACGUCACCCUUUCAUUUGGGUUUUCACACCGUCCUCGCGCAGUUGCAACAAAUUCAUCCGCGUGUUUGACGGCCUUCCGAUUUGUGGCAAGAAGAAGGAUCCUGACACUUGUGUGCGCUUCAAAAUGGCCUCAAGCGUAAAUACUUGCAUGACGUCGACAACGAUUCCAUUUUUCAGUGAUGAACUUUGCCAACGGCCCC